GCGAGAUUGCAUAAAAUUGUGCCCGGUGUACUAAGGAUAUAUAGUGUACGAUAAAAAAUGUUAUAUGACCUACAACGUUUUAUCUUCCGCGUUCUUUUUCGUCAUAUGUUAUUCUAAAGUUUAAUAAUUUUCGACUGUUUGGGAGACGUUUUAUCGUGUCAGUGUUGUUUAAAAUACAUACAAAAUAUAUGUUUUUCUUUUCAAACAAAUAAAACUUGGAAUAUAGUUUGAUAGAUAUUUUGACAUAAAACAAUUACCGGAACUAUGAACAAUGGAAUUCAAGGACAUAAUUAUAUUUGUAAACUUUGUAAAGUGUUUCUAACAAUGGCCGUGUUUACACCUUUGAAGUGGAUAACGUAUUCAAUAAUUUGGACUUGGUAUGGUAACUGGUCUUGGUAAUAUUGCUGAAACAACACUUAGGCUUUAACCUGUGGAAUCCUGAGAAAUAUCAUGAAGUUGAUCACGCUGAUAACCAGUGUCGGAAAGCUUCAAAUUGUAUGCUUCCGCCGAUGGGAUACACGAACGGCAGUGAGUUAUUUAUGCCCAAUCACAGAGUAUUGCUGCGAAGGAGGCUGUUGUAUUGAUGAUGCUUUUGAGAUACGACUUAGAUGGAUAGCUGGGUUCUUUCUGGUAGCCCUGUUGAUAGUCGUCGUUAUGUACGGCCUACACUGGAUAUGUGAAGUGCGCAAAUGUGUUUGCGGAAUCACAGGACCGCGAGAGGUAUUGAUAAAAGCUGCACAGCGCCCACGACCUGCUCCUGGCGAAGACGGAGUUGUUACAAUUCAUCUACCAAAUAUCAAGAUGCUGAACACUAAUCAUAUGUUAGUGACUGAGAAAAUACAUUGUCACAAAGAAGGAAAAUGUGCAUUCAUGAAAUGUUUUAUUUUGAGAACAGUUUUAUCCAAAAUACUUGUUGACCUUCAGUGAUAUGUAUAUGUGUGUGUUUCUUAUCAUUUAAUCAUAUAUAUAUUGGAUAUUUGUAUGAUCAAAAAAUUUUGCACGUUUUGCAGACAUUCUUUUAUAACUUUGUAUUCACUGCUUUACUAACGGGACGUGGACGAUUAAGCUGAAUUAAGCUAUUUUCUUGACUGAAAUUUUAAAUUAAUGUGUUUUUAUAAAACUUAUAUUCAGGCACACUUGAAAAUCUCAUAUUAAACAGUAUGUUGCCUAACUUCUCAAUUAUUUAAUUGCAAGAUUUUUGAAAGGAAAAACAAAACCACCACCACCAACAACACGUUUGCUUGUUUUAAAGGCAUUUAUUUUGCCAUGGUAGAUUUAAGAAUAAAUAUGGAGAUCACUGAAUUAUUGAACAAUAUCUAGCAGUUAUAUUCUCAUAUUUACGUAUAGACAAAUAGUAAUCCAAAGUUAUUUUCAAAGCGAAACAAGUUCAUCUAGUUUACUUAAAACUAUGAACUAAUGCAUUAAAAAAGAAAUAGAUAUAAAAUAUUAUGAAAAUCUGUCGGGUAUUGUAAUAUCAAUUUUUAAACCUACUACUCCCGCACGAUGAUUUAAACGACAGCAUGUUUAUAUUAUCGUUUGAUUGGUAUGGUUCUCAUGCAUCGUUAUACUCAAGAGGGUGCGAAUGAUAGAAGUUGCAUACUGUUAUGUUAUACAAAAAUAUUUUUUGUAUUGAAACGUUUUAAUGAAGAAAAAUAAUAAUUAUCAAACAUGUUAUCGUUUGAGUUACAGUGCGGGAUUUAUAAGUAUACAGUAUUUCAUAGAAUACACAAACAAUAACAAUGAAUUGUAUGUAUGUGCAAGUUAACUAAAAACUGAUGAUAUGUAAUGCUCAGCUCGGAAAAUCUGUGCUUGUCAUUGUAACUGAGGACUCCAGGAAUCCACUGACAAAGCUGGUGAUAUACCAUGUUUAACGCUUAUGAAUGGCAUCUUACAUUUAGAUAAAAUUUAAAUUGACUUAAUUGACAAUAAUCACGAAAAUAAAUGAUAACAAAAUAAAACUGAAAUCAUGGUUAUAAUAUAAUUACAUCUCGAAAUUUUCAAAUGAAAACAAUAGCACCGCUGGAGUGUUAAAUUCAAGCCACCUGGUUGAUAAGCCAGUGUGCAACCAUUCCGCCAUUCUAAGUAGCUAUAAGGGGUUGUGGUUUUAAUCUAGAUCAGGUAAAUCAAACCAUACUGAUUUCCUUAAUCAAUACCUUAAUCAACAGACGAGUCCAUCAAUUGAAAUUUCAAGCGUCACAAUAAAAAUACACAAGGAUCAAUUCCUUUUUACCAUUUUGGUAUUUAUGCCUUAUAAAUGGGGUUUCCAAUUCCUACACUGUGUGUUAUAGUCAUACUUUCACAUCUGCUUUGGUUUUAUCUGUACAUUUGUUUGUGUUAUAUUUAACCAGUAUUGCUCUUUUAUUUUCUGCGUCUGUAAUAGACAUUUUACUAACUUUUGAGUCUCUUAUUUUACAUUGUUCUCAUUGAUGUGCAUUUCACUUAAAUAGUAAUAACUAAUAUUAUUUUGAACAGCAUUUUGUUUUACCAGUUUAGGCCAACCAGAUAUCAUUUGAUCAAGGGAGAAUGAAGUGUAUAUUAGUUUGCCAAACAAUUAUUUUCAGUGAAAAUACAGACAAUACGAACUAGAUUUAUAUUCAACACAAUUGUUUUAGUCAAAAUACUUCAGUCCUUUCUUUGAUUGUUCUUUAGUCUUUGUAUUUCGAUACAAAUAGAUAAAAUAAGGUCAAACUGGUUCAUACAUUAUAAAUUAAAGAAAAAAUAUUUGUCUACCAUUGUUUAAUUAAAUGACAUAAAUGACAACUAUUCUGAUGUUUAGAUACACAUUAAAUCACAUUAUGCAUUCUUGCAUCAUGGUAAUGCUUUUGAAAUACACUUUUAUAAACGUAACUUUCACAUGUUCAGUUUACUUGGGUACAAUUAUUUUUUCUGUUUUCCACGUUCUUACUUUGAAUAAAAGUUCACUUGUG